UCUACUUCUCUAUCUUUCAACCUUUUCUUCGCUUUUGUGUCGCAAAGCAGUUGGCUGGAGCAGAAAUUUCUCUCUGACCCGGCGCCAGCCUUCAUCGCAUUACUAUUUUCUGCAUAUUUACUUAUCAUUCUCAAUAUCAUAUGCAUAAAUAUCAUAGAUCCGGAGGGAAUGUUCGAGUAGAUUGUUAAUUUGAUAACGUUGUGUUCUUUGCUUCUACAAGAUGGAAGUUGAAAUUCAUCCAAAUGGCAAGAUGGUAGUCCAGUAUCAGGAGGAGUAUAUAAGAAAUGCAAGGGGAGUUGAGCUUUUUACUUGCAAAUGGCUGCCUUUCUCUUCUGCAAAAGCUGUUGUUUUCCUUUGCCAUGGUUAUGGCAUGGAAUGCAGCGGUUUCAUGAGAGAAUGUGGAACCAGGCUAGCAAAUGGCGGAUAUGCUGUGUUUGGCAUUGACUAUGAAGGACAUGGGCGAUCUAUGGGUGCUCGUUGUUACAUCAAGAAGUUUGAAAACAUUGUUAAUGACUGUUAUGAUUUUUUCAAGUCUGUCUGUGCGCAGGAAGAGUUCAGGGAUAAGGGAAGGUUCUUGUACGGUGAGUCGAUGGGAGGAGCUGUGGCUCUUUUACUUCACAAAAAGGACCCAACUUUCUGGAAUGGUGCCAUUCUUGUUGCGCCAAUGUGUAAGAUAUCAGAGAAGGUGAAGCCACACCCUGUAGUUGUCAAUAUAUUAACUAGAGUGGAAGAGAUCAUACCUAAAUGGAAGAUUGUACCCACAAGAGAUGUCAUUGACUCUGCUUUCAAGGACCCUAUUAAGCGAGAAGAGAUAAGAAACAAUAAGUUGAUAUACCAAGAUAAGCCCAGGCUGAAAACAGCAUUGGAAAUGCUCAGAACAAGCAUGAGCCUUGAACACAGUUUAAACGAGGUGACAAUGCCAUUCUUUGUGUUACACGGAGAAGCAGACACGGUAACAGACCCAGAAGUGAGCAAGGCAUUAUACAAGCGAGCCACAAGCAAAGAUAAGACCAUGAAAUUGUACCCUGGAAUGUGGCAUGCUCUAACAUCAGGAGAACCAGAUGAAAACGUAGAUAUUGUAUUUGGUGAUAUCAUAGCUUGGCUUGAUACGCGCACCAGUGAUGCUAAUGGCAUUGUAGUAAUACCCAUUCACCCAUCCUUUAGCAAUGGCAUUCAGAAACUCUCUGAUACUCUCUCACCUAUAUCAAUACAACAACAACAACAACAACAGCGUAGCUAUUUAUGUGGUCUGAAAGGGCGUCGCAUGUUCCAUCACUCCGCGAUGUAGCUUUAAUUCAUUCUCUUUGUGUUUUGUAUUGUGACUGCCAAAAACUUCUAUUAGUGGUUUUUCAGCCCUUUCAAAUGCAAAAUGUACACUUUGAAUUGCAAAUAAAGUGAGGGUUGGAAUUGAUGAUUCA